GGGUCGAUGCUCUAUUUUUUCUCUCUUCCUCUUUUUGGUAUGCUUGAACCGCUAGAACUCUUCAUGAGGAUUCGACUAUGACAGUAGCCUACAUCGGCCUGGGAUUGAGUCCGCCGAUAUGAGGACUGGCUUUGUCUUUGGCCGGCUUUGCGGGCGCACCUUGUUUCGGCCGUAUGCGCUGCGCCAAACUAUAUAUCGGAGUAGUGCUGAAUCAUGUAAUUGGAUUCACAUAACGAGGUUGCCAGCAUGGAAAGGAAAGCCAAGAGGCCGGAUAUCGCUGCAUGCUUCGGCCGGUGCAGCUGCGCUAGGCACAGGAGCCUUUGUUCAGCUAUUACAGACGGAUAAUGGAGACACUGAUGAGACUGGCGAGUCUCGUAUGUUGGAGGCAUCCCGAGCUGAAAUUCGGAGAUCCAUUGACGAUGACGACCAGGGACUGUCUCGAAUUGUGCACAAGAUUGUCUUAAUUUGGGACACUUAUAUCUGGGAGCCAAUUUGCACUGGAGCCAGACUUUUACACCUGAUGGUUAUUUUCGUACCUGUCAUUCUUUCGGUUCCUGUAAUUUGGUUUGGCCGACGGCAUCCUGACAAAGAUGGGGAACGAAGUGGCACCCUUUGGUGGUAUGGCUUCCUUGUGCAAUCUAUGGAAUGGGCAGGCCCGGCGUUUAUCAAACUCGGACAAUGGGCGGCAUCGAGAACCGACAUCUUCCCCACGGCCAUGUGCGAUACAAUGUCAAAGUUGCACUCGAAUGCUCCGGCUCAUUCCAUGCAUGUCACCCGUAAGACGGUUGAGGCUGCAUUCAAUGGCCGUAAGUUCGAAGACAUAUUUGACGAAUUCUACGAGACACCUCUUGGAGUUGGUGCAAUUGCGCAAGUGUACAAAGCAAAGCUCAAGCCUGAUCUCGCAACGCCGCAAGAUCUUGAGGCGGAUUCGCGGAGGCUACGGCCGCUAUCUCAGAAUGUAAAGCAACAAGUGAGGACUGUGUUGAAAAGCUCUCCAAAGCAGGUCCCAUCAACCUACGUCGCAGUCAAAGUACUACAUCCCAAAGUCGAACGCAUAGUGCGGAGAGACUUGAAGAUUAUGGGCUUUUUUGCUUCAAUGCUUAAUGCCAUCCCUACGAUUGAAUGGCUAUCUUUACCGGAUGAAGUUGCCCAGUUCGGCCAGAUGAUGAAACUUCAGCUAGAUUUGCGAAUAGAAGCGGCCAACUUGGAGACUUUCAGGCAGAAUUUCAAGGACAGGACGACUGCCUCGUUCCCUUUCCCCUAUUCUGAGUUCACCACCCGCAAUGUCCUUAUUGAGGAAUUUGCUCAAGGCAUACCUCUCGCAGACUUCAUGGAGAGUGGAGGCGGUGUCUUCCAGCAUGACAUUGCAAAUGAGGGAUUGGACGCUUUUCUUCGAAUGUUGCUGCUGGAUAAUUUCGUCCACGCCGAUCUGCACCCAGGCAAUAUUAUGGUCCGCUUCUAUCAAUCCGCGCAACCAGAUCUUCGAUUACGUCGGUCUCCUAAAACGCCUAAAUCACCGCCUGCCUCGGAUGACAACCAACUAGAUGUCACAGAACAAGUUUUAGAACGGCUACGCCCAUACCGACACCGCAAGGAUAGGGCAGCAUGGGAAGCUGAACUGGCCAAGAUUGAUGCGGAAGGAUAUCGUCCACAGCUUGUCUUUAUAGACACGGGACUUGUAACGGAAUUGAAUGCACCCAACCGUGACAAUUUCCUGGCCUUGUUCCGAGCUGUCGCCGAGUUUGACGGCUACAAAGCCGGCCAUCUAAUGUGCGAACGCUGUCGUCAACCUGAAGCCGUCAUCGAUAAAGAAGUGUUUGCUCUCAAAAUGCAGCACCUGGUUCUCAGCGUGAAGAGCCGCACCCUCGCACUUGGCAACGUCAAGAUUGGUGAUAUUCUACAAGAAGUCCUUUCCAUGGUGCGCAAUCAUCACGUCCGUCUAGAGGGCGACUUUGUCAACGUCGUCAUCAGCAUUCUUCUUCUUGAAGGCAUUGGUCGUAGCCUAAACCCCGAUGUCGAUCUACUGAGCAGCUCACUUCCGAUUCUGAGACAGCUAAGUGCCCAAAGUGGUGCAGAGAUGGCGAAACAUGGCGAUUUUUCGAUGAUUAUGUUAUGGAUGGGCUUGGAGACGAGAAAAUUCCUGCAAGCCAGCGUCGACGAUGUGGAACGAUGUGUCAAAUACGAUCUCCUCUCACCCAAUGUAUAAAGUAAUCGAGCAUGCUCACUGUAGAGUAGAGAGUAGGCAUUUUCUUUCUGAUACACAGAGCGACAUACGCGUUUCAAUACGUACUUAUUGUAAAAUUAUGUAACAUUAUAUGAAGGACUCUUAUUGGGAUAGCCCAAAUGAUGGUAUAAGAUGGAGUUGGUGGUGGCACGAGGCUUUUAUAGACAUGCAAAUGACUCUCUGACUGUACUAUUUUGAUGGUUGUAAAUAAUUUUUUGGGCUCUUGACAAUGCUUUUCCUUCCCUUUAUGAGAGGGGGAGAACAACGUCUUGGUCAGAGGCAAAUUAGAUGCAUGGUUUUGAUCUGACUUUAAUGCCAAAUACUCUUAUG